UGUGAACAGGCAGGUUUCACUUGCGAUUUUUUGGGUGUCUGUGUGGAUUAGAACUGUGACGUAUUGCCCUCUCCAGACCUGCCCUGAAGGCAGCAAAGGAGCUGGGUACUGCUCGUCCAGCUGCGAGUUCAUGUGACCUCUUCACCUUGCUGGUUUGCCCUGCAGAGGAGAUCGCUAGGCUGACACCUCUCAGUUUGCUCAUCUCCUGCGACUGCAGUUGGCUGAAACAGGUCCCCAAAGGCUCCAAAGGUCUGAACGAAGAAUGCUCAGAGGCCGGUCCCUGUCCGUGACUUCCCUCGGCGGACUCCCUGUAUGGGAAGCUGAAAGACUCCCCGUGGAAGAUCUACUGCUUUUUGAAGUUUCCUGGGAGGUGACCAACAAAGUUGGGGGCAUCUAUACUGUGAUUCAGACCAAGGCCAAAACAACAGCAGACGAAUGGGGAGAAAACUAUUUCCUGAUAGGUCCAUAUUUUGAGCACAAUAUGAAGACGCAAGUGGAACAGUGUGAGCCCAACAAUGAUGCUGUCAGGAAAGCCAUGGAUGCAAUGAAUAAACAUGGCUGCCAGGUGCAUUUUGGAAGAUGGCUGAUAGAAGGGAGUCCCUACGUGGUGCUCUUUGACAUAAGCUCCUCUGCAUGGAAUCUGGACAGGUGGAAGGGUGACUUCUGGGAAGCAUGCGGUGUUGGCAUUCCUCAUCAUGACCGAGAAGCCAACGACAUGCUCAUAUUUGGGUCUUUAACUGCCUGGUUCUUAAAAGAGGUGACCGACCAUGCAGACGGCAAACACAUCAUUGCCCAAUUCCAUGAAUGGCAGGCAGGCACCGGGCUCAUCCUGUCCCGUGCCAGGAAACUCCCCAUCGCCACGGUGUUUACGACCCAUGCCACGCUGCUUGGGCGGUACCUCUGUGCCGCAAACAUUGACUUCUACAACCAGCUCGACAAGUUCAACAUAGACAAAGAGGCGGGGGAAAGGCAGAUUUAUCACCGCUACUGCAUGGAACGGGCCUCUGUGCACUGCGCCCACGUGUUCACCACCGUGUCAGAGAUCACAGCCGUUGAGGCGGAGCACAUGCUGAAGAGGAAGCCUGAUGUAGUGACUCCAAAUGGCUUGAGUGUUAAGAGGUUUUCUGCAGUGCAUGAAUUUCAAAAUCUUCACGCCAUGUACAAGGCCAGAAUCCAGGACUUUGUUCGAGGUCAUUUUUAUGGUCAUUUGGACUUUGAUCUUGAGAAGACUUUAUUCCUUUUCAUUGCUGGGAGGUAUGAGUUCUCAAACAAAGGAGCAGACAUCUUCCUUGAAUCUUUAUCCAGGCUCAAUUUCCUUCUAAGGAUGCACAAGAGUAACGUCACUGUCGUGGUGUUUUUCAUCAUGCCUGCCAAGACAAACAAUUUCAACGUGGAAACCUUGAAGGGCCAGGCUGUGCGGAAACAGCUGUGGGACACUGUGCAUUCUAUGAAAGAAAAGUUUGGAAAGAAACUCUACGAUGGGUUAUUGAGAGGAGAAAUUCCUGACAUGAACAAUAUUUUGGAUCGAGAUGACUUAACAAUUAUGAAAAGAGCCAUUUUUUCUACUCAGAGACAGUCUUUGCCUCCUGUGACCACUCACAACAUGAUCGAUGACUCCACGGAUCCCAUCCUCAGCACCAUUAGACGAAUCGGACUCUUCAACAAUCGUGCAGACAGAGUCAAGGUGAUUUUACACCCAGAAUUUCUGUCCUCCACCAGCCCCCUACUACCCAUGGAUUAUGAAGAAUUUGUCCGAGGUUGUCAUCUUGGGGUGUUCCCAUCAUACUAUGAACCGUGGGGUUACACUCCAGCUGAAUGCACCGUGAUGGGCAUCCCUAGCGUGACCACAAACCUCUCGGGGUUUGGGUGUUUCAUGCAGGAGCACGUGGCUGACCCCGCUGCCUACGGCAUUUACAUUGUCGACAGGCGCUUCCGCUCCCCGGAUGAUUCUUGCAAUCAGCUGACGCAGUUUCUCUAUGGGUUUUGCAAACAGUCACGCCGUCAAAGAAUCAUCCAGAGGAACCGCACGGAGAGGCUCUCGGAUCUUCUGGACUGGAGAUACCUGGGCAGAUAUUACCAGCACGCCAGACACCUGACACUAAGCAGGGCUUUUCCUGACAAAUUCCACCUGGAGCCCAUAUCACCACCAACGACGGAUGGGUUUAAGUACCCCAGGCCCUCCUCAGUACCACCUUCUCCACUGGGAUCUCAGAACUCCAGUCCUCAGAGCAGUGAUGUGGAAGAUGAAGGAGAUGAGGAUGAAAGGUAUGAUGAGGAAGAGGAGGCCGAGAGGGAUCGGUUAAACAUCAAGUCACCGUUUUCUCUGAACCACGUUCCAAAGGGGAAGAAAAAGCUUCAUGGGGAAUAUAAGAACUGAUUCAGCUCAAACAAAGUGAGAAUGAUUCGUCGUGGGGAUGACUGUCAAAACUCCAAGUUCAAACUGAUGUGGACCAAUGGAUAUUUACAACUUGACUUCUGAUAUCUAGAAUUUGUGUCCAAAUCAUUGAUAGUAAGUUGUUACCAGCAACGUGUGUCACUUUACAGUAACGGUACUCUUGUCUAAGUGGAAAUUUCAAUCUUUUACAGAUAAUAAAUUGCCAAAUCUAAAUGCA